AUGACGCUCUCGCCCUCCUCGCCGCCGUCACUGGGGGACAAGUUCGCCGCUCUGGCCGAGCUGUAUGCCGACCUCGCUAUGGCCUCCCAGGCACUGUCGGGUAAACAGCUCGCCGCUGCCGACAUGCUCAAGGACCUCUCGCGUGACCCGUCUCUGUGUACUACUGCGUCGCAACAGCCACUCGACACCAUGUCACAACCACCGCUCUGGCUGGCGAGCUUCGAAGAACGCCUGUUCAGGAAACUGGACACGGCCAAAUCCGACUUUACGCAGCAGUCUCCGGCCGUAGAGCCAGAAGCCGCAGACGUUCAAGUGCAGCUGCAAGAGGUCAUCAACAGUCGUCUCAAGCAUUCAUGGGCAGGCUGUCGAGAAGCCAACUUGCUGCUCCGCAAGUUUGCCAGUCCGAGCCAUCCCUUGGAACCGUUCCGCCGAAGGCCGCCACUCCCAGCGAACAGGACCAGGGAUACGCCGAUACCCCCAGACCUCCUGCCCCCGCCAGACUGCUUUCCCGUCAACUUUGACGAGGCGGUGGCCCUCUCUGCACCGGCCGUGUACAGCCUCCUUGUGGAUUACGAAUUGAGCACAGAAGGCGAUUCCAAGGCGAGGAAGGAUCGUCUCUUCCAGUUCAUUGGAGUGUACGGAUAG